AUGGAAGGGAACACAAGAGUCUUUGUGUCAGGCUUGCCGCCUACUUUCUCAAAUGAUGAUCUUCGAAAACAUUUCUCGAUCCGUUUCCAGGUUACUGACGCUCAUGUCAUUCCGAAACGAAGGAUUGGCUUUGUUGGCUUCAAAACCCCUUCUCUGGCACAGGAUGCUGUUGAUUACUUUAACAAGUCAUAUAUAAGGAUGUCGAAAAUAGCUGUGGAGAUGGCACGGCCAAUCGAUGCUGAACCCCCUACAGUUGGGAAGUCGCAUUCAAAACAUGGCACAUCUGCCAACUCCACAUCUCUCAAGCGCAAACAUGACCAAGUAGAACAGAAACAGGAUCUUAAGCUUCAGGAAUAUAUUGCGGCUAUGCAACCGCCAAUGAAGUCAAAGACAUGGGCUGAUGAUAGCAUAAUGGUUGAUACUAACGCGGUGCCAGCCAAUAAUGCUACAAUUAUACCGUCUAUCAAUGCUGAAAAAUCUGAGGUGCAAAACAAGCGGUUGAAACUUGAUCACCAAUCUCUUGUUAAGAAGAAGCAGAUGGAGCGGCCGAAUCAAAUCACUGAGGAUAGUUUAGCCACUCCAAAGCCUAGAUCUGUGGAGCCUGAAAAUGACCCACAGGUCGAAUCCGUCGAAGAAGCGCCGAAGUCCGAUAUGGACUGGUUACGAUCAAGAACGAGUCGACUUCUUGGCCUGGUUGAAGAAGAAGACGAUGACGAUGGUUCCGCCGUAACUCCCCAAGUACGGGAAAUUGAAGCAAGCGAUGGCAGUGAUCACGAAAUCGUCAUGGGAAGAAAUUGUCCAGAGUCUCCGUUACCCAGACAAAACGAAACUCCCAAUCCAUCCGAUGACAAAGAACCCUUUGACGCAAAUAUAGGUCUACUUCGUGAGACCGGUCGAUUGUUCAUUCAUGUUGCUUUUGAUACACGACAAUCUAAAAGCAAAGGCUUUGCAUACAUACAAUACGUAGAUCCCGAGGCUGCCAUUCAGGCUUACCAAGUCCUUGACGGGAAGGAUUUCGAAGGUCGUCUCCUGCACAUCUUACCAGCCUCGCCAAAGAAAACGUACAAGCUGGAUGAAUAUGAGCUUUCAAAGCUCCCUCUAAAGAAGCAGCAGCAGAUUAAACGAAAACAAGAAGCUUUAUCUUCAAACUUCAAUUGGAACUCUCUUUAUAUGAAUGCUGAUGCAGUUAUGUCAUCAAUAUCUGAACGGCUAGGGGUUUCCAAAUCUGAACUGCUUGACCCCACGUCUUCUGAUGCCGCAGUCAAGCAAGCCCAUGCUGAAACGCAUGUCAUUCAAGAAACAAAGGCAUAUUUCUCAUCGAAUGGGGUCAAUCUGGAUUCGUUCAAGCAGCGAGAACAAGGUAACACUGCGAUUCUCGUUAAAAACUUUUCCUUUAGCGUGAAAGCUGAAGAUCUAAGGAAGCUGUUCGAAUCGUUUGGGGAAAUCAAAAGGCUCCUUAUGCCACCGAGCGGCACGAUAGCCAUUGUUGAAUUCGCCCUGGCGGAUGAGUGCCAGAAGGCCUUUAAGGGGCUUGCGUAUCGGAAACUAGGUGAUUCGAUACUGUUUUUGGAAAGAGCACCAAAAGACUUGUUUGAUGAGAAGGCGAUCGCAACCAACGCUGUACUCCCUGCUCCAAGAGUGGUCUCGCAAACAUUCUCAACAUCUGACACUUUCAAGGCGAGUGAAGCGGACGAAAACGAGACUCCGUUGGAGACAUCGACUCUGUUCGUUCGAAAUCUUAACUUUUCUACCACAAAUGUUCGCCUGGCAGAGGUAUUCCAACCCUUGGACGGAUUCCUGUCUGCUAGGGUGAAAACCAAACCCAAUCCAAAGCGGCCAGGGGAAACUCUUAGCAUGGGCUUCGGGUUCGUGGAGUUCCGAACCAGUGCUCAGGCACGCGCUGCUCUUGCAACGAUGAAUGGUUAUAAACUGGAUCAACAUGAGCUCGUCAUCAAGACCUCGCACAAAGCUAUGGAUGCGGCUGAAGAGAGAAGGCGCGAGGACAAUGCUAAGAAACUAGCUAUGCGCGGAACCAAAAUCCUCAUAAAAAAUUUACCGUUCCAAGCUACAAAAAAGGAUAUCAGGAACCUUUUUGGUGCAUAUGGCAAACUCCGCUCAGUUCGUGUGCCGCAGAAAUUCGACCGCACGGCUCGUGGAUUUGCGUUCGCUGAUUUUAUAAGUGUCCGAGAGGCGGAGAAUGCCAUGGAGGCGCUGAAACAUACCCAUCUUCUUGGUAGGCGGCUUGUGUUGGAGUUUGCGUCAGAGGAGGCUAUUGACCCGGAGAAGGAGAUUCGGAAUAUCGAAAAGAAGAUGGAUGUUCAGGUCAAUCUGGUGAAACUUAGGAAUCUUACUGGGUCUGGGAGGAAGAAAUUUAAUCUUGAUGCAUCUGGUGAUGAGGAUAAAUGA